AUGAGUUCUGAUUUGUACACCGUUACUAAACAUACCACGGCCGCAGCAUUUCCUAGAGCCAGAGGUGGUACUUUGCUCACCAAUGACAGAUUGGAAAUUGCUUACCUCCGGUUUAGCCCCAAGCUGGGGAAGUCUAAGGAUCCCUCAGUGAUCAAUAUUGAUUUAGUUUUUUCUCAUGGUACUGGAAUGAACAAAUCUAUUUGGAAAUAUCACAUUGAUCAACUUUAUAAAUAUGCUGCUAAAGUUGGACCACUGGAAAAUUGGAAAUUGAAUCGUGUCAUUUCAAUUGAUGCCGUGUCUCAUGGUGAUUCUGCCUUGAUCAAUCAUGGUAAAUUAGGUUGGUCUUACCGUUGGGAAGAUGGUGCCAAGGAUGUUAUAGCUGUGAUUAAGGCUGAGCAACUCAAAACUGGAGAUUUUGUCAAUGAUGCAAACAACAAGACCAUAAUGGUUGGGCAUUCAUUAGGUGCAUCUCAAUCGUUAUUAUUGAGUGCGUAUGAGCCAUUCUUAUUAGAUACUGCAUUUGCAAUUGAACCAGUUGCCUUUAUUGAAGAGAGUGACAGUGAAAAAUUCACCAAUAUUAUCCGUAAAAUGGGUACUAUGAUUAAAGAUGAAUUUGAAUCUGAAGGAGCUUUGGAGAAGUAUAUGACCAAGUAUGGAUUUUUAAGAAACUUUGAUCCAAGAGUUUUAAAGGAUGUCAUUGAAGAUGAAAAAUAUGAUGCUACUGGGAGUGAUGGAAUUGUUAAAUUUAAGACCAAGUCUUCCACUGCGCAGCAAUUGGCAACUUAUAUGACUGGAUUUUACUCAAUCCCAUUGGCAAUGAGUAUUUUACCCACUAUUAGAUCCAAUGUGGUUCAUGUUGCAGGUAAGAAGGCUACUUGGAACCCACCCAAGGCAGUGCCAUUCAUUCGUAAUACUAUCCCCAAGGAAUUCGUGACCGGUAUAGAUAUUGAAGACGGUGAACACCUUGUUAAUGGUGAACGUCCAGAUGAAAUUAUUUCUGAAAUCUCCAAAUGUAUAUCUGAUAGAGUUAAAUUGGCUCAUAAGAACCGGGACAAUUACCCAGAAAUCAAAUAUCAUGGACAAAGAGAUGAGAUUUUGACCCAUCAAUGGCAAAAGAUGCUUGAUGGUAAGAUAGAAGAUGCUAUAGACUUUACUUUACUGAAGUUUUAG